AUGGUCGACCAGAAGAAACUCUUCGUUAACAUCCCAAACGCCUUUGAGCAGUACCCCAAGAACAAUUUCCGCUUUGUCAAUGGUGCAGCCGUAGAGCUUGACCACGUCGAGCGAACUGUCUCAAGCAUCGUUAUUGCUGGCGGAGGUCCUGCGGGUAUCGAGACAGCGGGCGAACUCGGAGAGUACCUGAACGGCCGAGCUGGUGCCAACUUAGCGAACCCCAAGGUCUCUAUCACGGUUGUGACUGCUGGUUCAGAGCUUCUGCCCGCCCUCCGACCUAGCAUUGCGAGAAAAGCCGAGGGAUUCCUCGCCAUGGUCGGCGUGACUGUGGUUAAGAACGCGCGAGUCAAGACGGUAGUCCCAGAAGGUGCAGGCACAGACAGCAUUGCAACCAAGGCAAAAUUAAUUCUCGAUAAUGGAUCAACGUUGGAAGCCGACCUUUACAUUCCAGCGACAGGGACUAUACCAAAUACCAGCUUCAUUAACAAAGAGUUCUUAACAGCAGAUGGACGUGUCGAUACCAAUGCCUCUACUUUGCGUAUCAAUAAAGCCGGCCCGCGCAUUUACGCCGUUGGCGAUGUAGGAUCGUAUAGCAGGCCUGCUAUCCAUCUUAUCCUUGAUGCAAUUCCUAUCUUGUGCGCAAACAUUAAGCGAUUGUUGGCCACUGGGAGAGAGGAGAGCUCUGUUGGAGAGGAUAGAGUCUUCAAGUCAGACCUUCGGGAGACGCAAAUGGUGCCAACUGGCAAGAACAAGGGAGUAGGCGCGGCCAUGGGGUUCCAGCUGCCCAGCUUCAUGGUGUGGCUGAUCAAGGGCAGGGAUUACUGGCUGUGGACAACGGGCGGUCUAUGGAGUGGGAAACAGUGGGCUAAGGAAUCGUGA